GUCUGACUCUUGAUUUCAGCUCAGGUUAUGAUCUCAGGGUCAGGAGAUCGAACCCUGCAUUGGGCUCCCUGCUUAGGGUUCUCUCUCCUCCUUCUGCUCCCCUCUCCCUCUUAAAAAGAAGAGAGAGCUGGGUGGAGCUGCGAAGGGCCCACAUAAAAGCUUGAAGGUGAUGUUGGAAGGGUUCCACUUUGUCUCGGGGUUCGCCUUCUGCUGACCCUAGGUACUGAAAGCUAUGCAGUCAGCCCAGUGAACCAAGCCCUGUCUCCACCUCACCUAAUUUACAUUGUGACAAAUGGAGAUCACUUUGUUUAGAACUGAAUGGUUUACAACCUAACUCCUAAGGGCCACGCCUGCCUUCAGUGGUACAGGGAGAACUUCAAGUGGGCCUGAUGUUGCAUCGCUCAGCAUCACAUGACUGCUCUCUUGUGGAAGGCAAAGGAGGCAACUCCAGGCUGAGACUCCCCAAGUUUUCAUCCACAGGUGAGGCAAGAAAUCUGCAUAAAUUGGUCACACACUUUAGGGGUGACACCAAAUCUAUUUAACAACUAGCCCGGCCUUGGACAAAUAGAAUGGACAAGAGAGCGGCGUCCUGGGGGGUUCCACCUGUCCUGAGCAUAGCUCUUUAACAGGAUUAUGGGAGGUAGGGAGGGUAAAUUCCAGGGGACUACAGGGGCAUGGCUGGAGAGGAUGAGGCAUGUGGGGAGCUAGAGACAGCAGCUACCUCAGGCGAUGUGAAGUAAUGCAAGAGCCUGAUGACCAGUACAGGCCGACAGACCAGCCAGGCACACCUGUGUGCACACACCCUCUCCCUGUGUGUGUCUGGAGACUCAGUUCCCAAUUGGGGUGGGCAUACCCACUUCCCAGGAUAGAAGGAUUAGUACAGUGCCAUCCCCACACUCAAGGCUGCCCUCUCCUCUAUUCUAGCACACACCAGAGCCUCUCCCUCCUGCAUUUGGGCCUCUGCGGUGUAGGCCUGCAUAUUUUAAUCCUCUAAAGAGUUUUUAAGAAAUAUCAAUGCCUGACCCCAUCUCAGAAUUUCUAGGGAUGGGUCCUUGAUCUUUAUUGUACAAAUCUCGCCAGGAGGUUUUGAAACACAGGGAGGGUGGCGAGCCUCCACCUCAGACCACGGAUUCCCAUACCCCGAUUAUCGGGAGAGUCACCUGGGACGCAUUCACGACGACAAAAGGCAAACUCCCAGUCCGGCCCCUAACACUGAAAUCUGCAGAAAUCCAGAAAUCUGCAGCUUUGGGAGGGUCCUGGGUUUUGACGUGUUUACUCUCAGGAAGGAGAGAAGGUCCCCCCGGCAGCCACGGAGGCGGGCUCCGCGCCGCCCAGCUGUCACCUGCGCACCGCCACAGGUGCACCGUGCCCCUGCGCGCAUCCCCUCCUCACGGAGCCCCAGCUGAGCUUCCUCCCGCCCGGCGAGCCCGCUCUCGGACAGCAGGGUCUAGGUCCCGGUGUAGACGGCUCGGAGUCCAAGUGGCCCCGACAUCCGUCGCGGACACGCCUUAGGAAGGCCAGCUGUGAGUACCCAGCGCGGCCGCCGCGGGAGGGAUGGCCGCGUGGUGGCGCCCAACUCGCGCGAGACUUCGUCUGGACUGCCCGCACCUUCUUUGAUGCCCCCGGUGACGGAGAGGAAGUUCCGGAGAACCUCAACGCGCAGACGUGACACGCCAGCCUCGCGCCAGCGCGCCGUAAGUGCGCAGGCGCGCCAGCCGUUCUCUUUUCUGCUCUUCCUUCUCCCGGUCUCCAGACGUCAGCGGCCGUUGGGUCCUAUGUCGCGCCGGGCCCUCCGGAGGCUGAGGGGGGAACAGCGCGGCCAGGAGCCCCUCGGGCCCGGCGCCCUGCAGUUUGUCCUCCACGAUGACGAUGAUGCGGAAGAAGAAGGUCCAAAGCGGGGUCCAGGUGGCCGGCGCUCCCGGGGCGCAGGCAAGGAGGGUGUCUGCGUCAACAACCGGUUCGAGCUGAUAAACAUCGAAGACCUUGAGGAGGGACCUGUGCUGAAUGGGGAGAGAUCCGAUUGUCUGCUUACAGAUGCUGUGGUGUCAGGGAACAAAAGGAGAUCUCAGAGUGGAAGUGCAGACACCAAGAAAGCUGCCGAAGCAGCUGACAAAGCAGUGCCCCCAGAGCAGUCUAAUAUAAGUGGUAAACUCCGAAAGAAGAAAAAGAAACAGAAAAAUAAGAAAAACACUACAGGAGAAAUUUUGGAAAAUGGACUGGAAGAUAUUGACCGCAUCUUGGAGAGGAUUGAGGACAGCAGUGGUUUAAACCGCCCAGGCCCGCCUCCCCUGAGCUCGAAGAAGCAUGUCUUGUAUGUGGAGCACAGACACUUGAAUCCAGACACAGAACUGAAAAGGUAUUUUGGUGCUCGAGCUGUCCUGGGGGAACAAAGGCCAAGGCAGAGGCAGCGUGUGUACCCCAAGUGUACAUGGCUGACGACCCCUAAGAGCACCUGGCCACGGUACACCAAACCAGGUCUGUCAAUGCGCCUGCUGGAGUCCAAGAAAGGCCUGUCCUCCUUUGCAUUUGAGCAUAGUGAGGAGUACCAGCAGACUCAGCACAAGUUCCUGGCUGCCGUGGAGUCCAUGGAGCCCAACAACAUUGUGGUUCUGCUCCAGACUAGCCCAUACCACGUUGACUCACUUCUGCAGCUCAGUGAUGCCUGCCGCUUUCAGGAGGAUCAGGAGAUGGCCCGAGACCUCGUAGAGAGAGCGCUGUACAGCAUGGAGUGUGCCUUCCACCCCUUGUUCAGCCUCACCAGCGGGACCUGCCGGCUGGAUUACCGCAGACCUGAGAACAGGAGCUUCUACCUGGCCCUCUACAAGCAGAUGAGCUUCCUGGAGAAGCGAGGCUGCCCACGCACUGCGCUGGAGUUCUGCAAGCUCAUCUUGAGCCUGGAGCCUGAUGAGGACCCCCUGUGCAUGCUGCUGCUCAUCGAUCACCUGGCCUUACGGGCACGCAACUACGAGUACCUGAUCCGCCUCUUCCAGGAAUGGGAGGCUCAUCGGAACCUGUCUCAGCUCCCAAAUUUCGCCUUCUCUGUGCCAUUGGCCUAUUUCCUGCUGAGUCAGCAAGCAGACCUCCCUGAGCAGGAGCUCAACUCUGCAAGGGAGCAGGCCUCUCUCCUGAUCCGACAGGCACUCACCAUGUUCCCUGGAGUCCUCCUACCUUUGCUUGAGUACUGCAGCGUGCGGCCAGAUGCCGCUGUCGCCACUCACCGCUUCUUUGGACCGGAUGCUGAGAUAAGCCAGCCCCCUGCCCUGAGCCAGCUGGUGAGCCUGUACCUCGGAAGGUCACACUUCCUCUGGAAGGAGCCCGCCACCAUGAGCUGGCUGGAGGAGAACGUUCGUGAGGUUCUGCAGGCGGUGGACUCUGGAGACCCUGCAGUGGAAGCGUGUGAGAGCAGACGGAAGGUGCUCUACCAGCGUGCGCCCAGAAAUAUCCACCGCCACGUGGUCCUGUCCGAGGUCAAGGAAGCUGUUGCUGCCCUCCCCCCGGAUGUGACCACGCAGUCUGUGAUGGGGUUCGACCCUCUGCCUCCUUUGGACACCAUCUACUCCUACGUGAGACCAGAGAGGCUGAGUCCCGUCAGCCAUGGAAACACAAUUGCACUCUUCUUCCGGUCCCUGUUGCCUAAUUACACCAUGGAGGGGGAGAGGCUGGAGGAUGGAGGGGCUGGGGGUCUGAACCACAACCAAGGCUUGAACAGGCUGAUGCUGGCCGUACGAGACAUGAUGGCCAACUUCCACUUCCACGACGUGGAGGCAGCUCGCGAGGACAACCCCGAGGGGGAUGGGGAGUGGGACUGAGCCCGCGUAGAUGCCACGCCCCAACGCUGUACAAUUAUGUUCCUGAUUGCUGUUCUGGUCGGAAUUGACCAGUUCCCUGAAGUAGAAAUGCUGUGUUGUCCGCUUGCCUCCUUUGUGUCUCCUAUAAAUGUGAAUGGGUUACGCUC